CUUCGGUUUACACAUAUUGAUUUUCCUUUUUUAUUUGGCAGCUUCGUUGAUAUUUUAUAUUUAACAAGUACUUAUUUUUUUAGUAAGAGAUUUGUUAUUCUAUUUCUUCAAAAUAUAUUAACACUAUAUCUCGUCUAUGGUAAUAGACAUUUUCAAUAAUAUCGAUAAUGCAGAACGAUUAACAAAAAGUUCUGUACAAUUAGAGAUCUAGGUGUAUUUUAAGGCUAUGUUGUCACAAAAAAGUUUGAAGAAACGAAAUGUGUAGAAAUUAAAUGAAUUAUGUAGUAUAGUAGAUAUUUCAUUCUGUUUUUGUAAAAAUAUAUUGCAGAUUGUUGCACUUCUUUCAAAGUUUAUACCUGUAGGUAAACGAAAAAUUAUAGCGUAGUGAUAGUAGCACACGAAACUCCUAGUGGCUACAGUGUUUAUACAUAAGUAUAUACAUAGAUUGUACAUGUAUAAUAUAUACAUAUGUAUUUACUUUCAGAUUGUUUACGUUUACGCAUAUAGUGGAAAUGGAAAGUCACUACGUACAUAGUUGAAAGUUGAAAUAGUUGAAGUUGCAAAUUGUAUUUGAUGUUUUACGUUAAAUGUAUUUAUAGAAAAUAAAAUGUUAUGUAUUUUUUUAUCUUUCUUUUACCUUGAGAGAAAUAAUUUAAAUAUAUUUUAAUCACGCCUGGGUUUUAUUGGGGAAUUUCUCUCUCAUUGUUGAACAAACUAACUUAUCAGUAUUUAUCGGUAUGACUAACUUACUGUAAGAUUCAGUGUUGAAUUUAGUAAUUACAACAUGUGUCAAGAUCAAGUUAGUUUUUUUGUUCUUUGAAUCGACGAAACAAUGAACUGAUGAGUGUUUCUAAAUGCUCGUGACAUUCUGAUCAAUGAUUUUGUCUGGAUUGAGUUGUUUACAAAUAUUACUGCCAAUGCAUGUUUUCGUUUGACAAUAAGACUAUGAUAUUCAUCAUAUAUAUUAUUCAUUAUGUAUACUAAACGCACUAAAAAUUGUGAUGCCUAGUUUUGGUAAUCCACGAAUUAAAUUUUUAAGGAUUUCUAAAAUUUUCUAAUUAGACAAACAAUGCCUGCAAAAAAUAUAGCUGAUUGGACCCAAACUGAUGUGGCAAAUUGGCUCGAUGAAAUUGGACAUGAAAAAUUUUCUUAUAUAUUCCUGGAACAGGAGAUUGAUGGUAGAGCACUUUUGACUUUAAAAGAAGAAGACUUAAAGUCAGAUCGUAUGUGUAUAAAGAAACUUGGUGAUAUAAAAAGAUUAUGUAUUAGUAUAAACCAAUUGAAAAGAGAAAAUAUGGCAGUAUUAUUUGAGUUAGGAUAUGUUGACUUAUAUCCUUCGCCAACUUUUUAUAAUCAUCAUAAACAAGAAGUCCCUAGUAAUGGAUUAAAUAGUGAAGGUUCUAUAGAAAAUGAGUUUUAUUCUGCAUCUGUAUCAGAAGAUGGUCAUGCAUCACAUUUGCCACCUGAAAUUUGGAAAGCUUUUAUUAGUUUGGGAUAUUUAUUUAUCGUUACAUGGAUUACUGCUUUUGUGAUGGUUAUUGUUCAUGACAGAGUACCAGACAUGAAAAAGUAUCCUCCAUUACCUGAUAUAUUCCUAGAUAAUGUGCCACAUAUUCCUUGGGCAUUUGAUAUGUGUGAAGUCACAGGAACUAUACUUUUUGCAAUAUGGCUAAUUGUAUUAAUUUUUCAUAAGUACAGAUUUAUUUUAUUACGAAGGUUCUUUGCUUUAUCUGGUACAGUUUUUCUACUGAGAUGUGUUACAAUGCUUAUUACUUCCUUAUCAGUGCCAGGUGCACAUUUGCAGUGUCAACCAAGAACAGUUUCUGAUGAUUGGUCAAGUCCUGCAUAUGUUGAUCUCUACAAUAAGAUUGCUAUGGCUUAUGUAAUAUGGCGUGGAGCUGGCAUGUCUAUUCAAGGUGUUAGAACCUGUGGUGAUUAUAUGUUUAGUGGCCAUACUGUUGCUCUCACUAUGUUAAAUUUUUUCAUUACAGAAUAUACACCAGCGCAAUUGUACUUUUUACAUACCUUUACAUGGAUGCUCAAUAUGUUUGGUAUAUUUUUUAUCUUAGCAGCGCAUGAGCAUUACUCCAUUGAUGUUUUUGUAGCUUUUUAUAUUACUUCUCGACUGUUUCUCUAUUAUCAUACGUUAGCAAAUAAUCAAGCUUUGAUGCAACGUGAUUCGAACAGGACCAGAAUAUGGUUUCCAUUAUUUAGUUUUUUUGAAUCUUCUGUUGAUGGUAUUGUUCCAAAUGAAUAUGAAUCGCCAUCAUUGAUUAUUUGUAAUCUAGCGUGUACAGGGAAAGACAUUUGGUACUUGGUGCGAUCUUCUAUUUGCUUCCGUAAAUCGUCGCGUAAUGUAAGUGGUAAUGUUAAAAGUAACACAAACAAGGAACACUAAUUGUUAUAUGAAUUUUAUAUUUAUUUGAUAAUAAGUUUGAGAACACUAACUUUUUAUUUGACAACUCCAUUUACACAUUGAAUAAAAAAGUAGAAAAAUGAAAAUCAAAUAUCUGUAAGUAUUUAUUUUUCUAAGUUACAUAAUAGUGACUUGGCUGGCAUUGAAAGGGUUUUAUGUGGUAUAUCUAGAUUUUUGUACUGUUUAUCAAAUGGUCAUCCAUAAAGUAACGAUUCAUUUAGAUUAUAUAUACUGACCUUCCAAAGUAAAUUUUAGUAGAUAAUGCGUUUUUUGUUAUUCCAGAGUUUAUUAUCUUCAGUUUCAUGUUGGCAUUAAUUUAUCUUGUUUCACUCAUAUUUUAGAUAUAUGUAUUUUUUUGUGUUAAUAGUGAGAAAAAGUGUUUUCUUAUGUGUAGAUGUAGUGUUAAACAAAUUGACUAUAUAAUGUUCUAUCUCUUAUGGUUUCUAAGUAGCAAAGAUUUAAUAUUAAUUAAAUGUGACAAUUUUAUACAGUGUUAAUGACUUUUGUAUUUAAUGUAGUGUCCUAAAAUUAUUUUUUAUUGGUAAACUGGGUACAAGUUUAUAGUGAAGUGUUAUCCUAUGAAUUUCAGUUAUACGUUAAUAAAUCUCGCAAUGAUUCAUUGGAAAGUAAUGUAAACAAUAAUUUGAUAUAAGGUUUGGCGAAAUAGAUAAGAACAGAGCGAUACCAUGUAGAUAUACUGAUAGCUUUUCUACUUUUAAUUUAUAUACAUAUUUUUUAUGCAAACGAAGUACGAGCUAUUAAAUUUAAGUCACGAACCUACGUGGCAGACAUUAUUUGCGUCUGAUCAUUGUCGGUCAGUUUAAUUGCUUGCCUUUGAAAAUUCUGCAUGAAAUAGUUCGACUAUCGACUAAAAUGCUAGUGAUCAUAAGACGACCAUGAUCAGACUUAUCAUUGAAUGUUUGCAAAAUGAUAGGGUGUACGAAACAAUACAUGUAUAUAUGUAUAUGUAAUGUUUGUAUAUGUACAUGUAAUUCGAGCACAGUAAUAUUUGUCUCUCUUUCAUGCAAUUUAAAGAACAUAGGAAGUAAACAUUUUACAUUCUUUGAGAAUUAAUAGUUGAUAAGAGGCUAAUUGUAAAAUAACUCAUUACAUUUACAUUUAUAUUUGCUACAGAUACAGUUUUCACUACAAUUUAUUAUUAUUUCAACAGGAGGCUCUUAAUAUCAUACUGUUAAUCAAGCAAUUAAUAUGAGAAUAAUGAAGGAAAAUAAUAUAAUAGUUGCGAAUUUAUGUAUUAGUAUUUAUGCGUUUAUUUUAUAUUAGAUGCGAAUAUUAUUCAUUUUAUUUGAAGAGUAUUUUUGUAUUUCUUUACAUAUGUACGCACAUUUAUUAGAUUUAAUAACUAAUAACUGAGUACCAUUACGCAUAUCUAUGAUGUUUGUAAAUAUGGAGUCUGUAUUGUCUUUAGAGUUAGCGUUGAAAAAAAGGGGGGUGCCGAGUUUAUCAUAAAUACAAACUAUUGAGAAGAAUAAUGAUUUUUCACAAUGUAUUCUUCUAAUAAUAUUUAAUGUUAAUGUAGGCGAUAUCGAUUUAUGUAACAUGCACAAAUUUCAUUUUUUGAUCGAUAAACUGUUUCGUUGGACACAAAAAGUACGCUUAUGGACAAUAAAUUGUUUGUUAUAA